AUGCUCGCCAUCGCCGUCGCCGUCGUCUGUUGUCUCGCUCAGUCUGUCUUGGCCUACAUUCCCGCCCUCCCGACAAACUCUACGGACGAGGCCAUCGAAGCGGGUCUCAAUGUAACAGAACUUUCAAAACUGCGUAUGCAAUGGAACUCGAAUGGGGCGAACGGCAUCGGGUGGUAUGUCGAAAACGUUUCGUACCAGCUCGCAGGAAAUGGGAGUACAGGCAUUAGCAAGGGAGCUCUAGUCCACUUCUCUGAGGAGCGAGCCAAUAACAUGACCCCGCCAACCAAUACGCCUUGGAUUGCCCUUGUCUCAUGCGACAGAAAUGCUACGGAUAUGUCUAUGGACGAGGACAUCUUCACCAUGGCGCGAGACAGGGGCGCCGUCGCUGCACUCCUGUAUUCCCUCUACUCUCUGGCCUGCGUCAUCAACACGGAAUAUGCAAAUCCUUCUACAUUUGACCAAGUCUUCGACAUCUUUUCGACCCAAAGCCGGACCAGCGCACACCUAAUUGAAUACCAAUUCGGUCAAUUAGGCUUACCGCAGAACCGAAGCCUCUUUGAUUACAAUUCAACGAUGCUUAACAACUCUUAUGACGAUAUCACGAAGUCCAUUGAAAAAGGAUACCCAGUUUCUCAAGGAUACCUUCUCGCACAGCUCCAGGCGCAUAACGCCACUGAUAGUAUAACAGAAGCAUCUCCUGGUACAGAUCCCGCCCCUUCUGCUUCCUCUGGGAACACCCGUCCGGAUUCUGCUCUCGCUAUGAUCGUACUGUAUGCGAUCACUGGCUGUGUCUCUGCUUUGUUCUGUAUAGUGGUUAUCAGUGGAGCUAUCCGUGCAAUACGACACCCUGAACGAUAUGGACCACGGGCACGAGGCUUUGGGGGCGAAGGUGGCGGCCAAAGCCGCGCACGAGGCCUCACACGAGCCAUUCUCGACACAUUCCCAAUCGUAAAGUUUGGCAGCAAUGUUUCUGCUGCCGCCCCGCCGGCCAAAGAUAUUGAGUCGACACCAAAUGGCGCUCCAGCGACAAUUCCUCUCGAAGCAGUCACUCCGAGACCGGAUAAACCUCGCCCUCAGGUCUCCUUCGCGCAGGAUCUGAACAAAACCGACAAACCGCCGCCAGCAACGGAAAUCAAGGUGGAUGGCGAAGUCCAAGACAGUCCAGGCAGCUCACCUGUGGUCGAUUCUCACCCAGCAGAGGCGCCUGUAAUCCGACGACCGUCGAAAGCCUCGAAAGCCUCGAAUGCCGAGCGGGACGAGCACAACGUUGUGCCCGACGCGAUUGGCCGAGAAACUUGUCCCAUAUGCAUUGUUGACUUCGAAGAAGGCGACGACGUGCGUGUCCUUCCCUGUGAAGGAAAACAUUGCUUCCACCAGUCUUGUGUCGACCCCUGGUUGCUCGAGCUUUCGAGUUCGUGUCCCAUCUGUCGGCACGAUUUCUUCGCUCUUGAAAACAUGAUCUCAGGAAGGUCAGACGACGGAGGACACGAGAACUACGACCCUCCUCAGGAUUAUGAACCUCACCAUAACCACCAUCAUCCACAUUUGAACCGCUUUUCAAGAUACAUCCGGUUCGCGGUUGGAAGGCGACGUCGAAGGCAUGACGAGCCGGACCCAACGGAUCCUUAUAUGCCUCAAGCGCCUGUAACAACACUGUAUUGA